AUGGAUUGGCCAGGGUCGGUGCCUGUGAGAGCCGCUGCCCGCGCCCUCUACGCCGUCUCGGCCUUCUGCGCGCUUUACGGCGACCACUCCCUGCGCGCUAAUACAGCUUCACUUUUACGGGUAAUUCGCUCGCAUAUCACUCUAGUAGGCCAUCAAAUAAAGUGCCAAUUUCGAGGCCGCAAGACGAAUGAGACACGAGAAGAAUGGUGGUCCGCGAUUACGCUCCGCUGCCAAGCAUCGCGUCUACUUAUCCCUGAGGGAAUUAUAAUUGUUUUGCAUUCUUGCACGGGUAUAAAAACAAAAGGGCAACGCAGGGCCCCCCGCGCUGUUGCCCUGCAGACCAGACCAAAGUCUGACGACUCGCAUUCCCCCCAGACAAAAAGCCACGAA